UUCCACCUACACAGGGCAUUUUAAGGCUUAAAGAUGAUAGCUUAGAAAGGAAGGGAAAAAUUUACUUUGGAUUAAAUUCAAUAUGGGAAAAUGCUUAAGCUACUGCAAAGAUGACCAGAGCCUCCUACCAAAUCAUCCUGCAGAUCAAGUCACUUUAGACCACCUGUACCUUGGAGCAUCUUCCGUUACUCACCGAACUAUAUCUCUUGGUCCUAAAAGAGCUCAUCCAUCUGCAGUAUCUGAAGUCAGUUCACGUAGAGGAAGUAAAGAUUUAUCUUCAUCAAGUGCAUCUGUCCACUCGUCUUUCUCUGGAAGAAGACCUUCUUUAUUUGUGAAAUUUCAGAAAAGUGGUAUUUUCCCCAACCGUCAACAAAGUAGAGCCAAUUUUGAUUCUCAAGAAAAAGGCAGCUUCAGUGAUUUAAAAUAUUCCUCAAACCAUUUUGGCGUUAGAUCCCAAGGACUUUUCUCAGCCCCUAGACUUAGUAUAAUUUCCUGUUACGAUAGCACGAGUUUUUUUGAUCUUCAAUCAAGAGGUCAUAAAAUCUUUAAUCCAGAUGAAAUUGAAGCAGUUUCUAAAAGCUCAAGUAUGGCUGGUGCUGAAAAAUAUUUAAGCCCAUGCUCUCCCAAAUAUAACAUUGGGCAAUUUAUGAGUUUUGAGACAAAAGCUAACUCUUCAACCCAUCAGAACGCUGUUGAUAGAAGCAUCUACCAACACAGCACAGCCACCUUACUUUCUCUUCCAACUCUGAUUUCCUAUUCCUGUCAACAAAGCGAGAUUGCUACUGAUCCUGAAGAAAGAGGCCAAUCAAGGUAUAUUACAGCUAAUACUGACACAGAAGAGCAGAGUUUUCCAGUCCCUAAGGCAUUUAACACACACGUAGAGGAAUUAAAUUUAGAUGUCCUUCUUCAGAAGGUUGAUAAUUUACGUAUGAAUGAAUCUAGCAAGAUGGAGAGUUUUGAACUACUUUGUGACCACAAAGAAAAGUUUAGAGAUGAAAUAGAGUUUAUUUGGAGGUUUGCUCGUGCUUAUGGAGACAUGUAUGAGCUAUCUACUAAUGCACAAGAAAAGAAACAUUAUGCUAAUAUUGGGAAGACAUUGGGGGAAAAAGCUAUUACUAGAGCACCCAUGAAUGGUCAUUGUCAUCUGUGGUAUGCAGUCUUGUGUGGCUAUGUGUCUGAGUUUGAGGGCUUACAAAAUAAAAUCAACUAUGGACAUCGGUUCAAGGAGCAUCUGGAUAAAGCAAUCCAGUUUUUACCUGAAGAACCUUUUUUGUAUUACCUCAAAGGAAGAUACUGUUAUACUGUCUCGAAACUGAGCUGGAUUGAGAAAAAAAUGGCUGCUACUCUGUUUGGAAAAAUGCCAUCCUCAACUGUAGAAGAAGCUUUGCAAAAUUUCCUCAAGGUUGAAGAACUACACCCUGGUUUUUCUAAGUCCAAUUACCUGUUCUUGGCCAAGUGUUAUAUCGAUCUUGAACAAAUGGAUGAUGCCAUGAAGUUUUGUGGCUUGGCAGUAUUGCUUCCUUGUGUCACCAAAGAGGUCUCAGUCUUCCUCUUCUAAAGCAUGCCUUGAGCUACCCAGCUGCCCUCUCAUUCGACUGCUACCACCAAGCAGGAAACCACCCGAGUUCACCGGACCGACGACGUGCGAGCCUCCCACUGGUCUCUGGGUUUCUUUCUCCCGCCAAGCCGUUCUUGACUCUCAGUGGCAUCCAGAGGAAUAGACCGCGUAAACCUCCAUAUGACACUUCUUACUUGAAACCCUUUGCUUUGGGGAUAAAGCCCUAAAUGUUUAGCAUGUCCUUCAAGGCUUGGAUCUCUGUUGCCCUCUCUCCCCACCUCUACACUAU